GGAGCGGAAAAGAGGGCUCCGUCUCCUGGCCCUCGCCGGGCGGCAGGAGGCGGGGAACGCUUCCGCUCGGUUCUCGUUUCCCGGCGGAGCGGCGGACGACGGGGCAGGGGUUAUGGAGCGGUGCGAGCAGGCCGUGGUGCGGGUGCCGAGCCUGGACGGCGUGACGCGGGAGCGCUUCCUGCGGGACGUCUAUCCUCGGAGAGAGCCAGUUGUGCUGAAGGGAAUGGAGCUGGGCCCUUGCACAACCAAAUGGACAGUAGAUUACCUGAGCCAAGCUGCAGGAUCUAAGGAAGUAAAGAUCCAUGUUUCUGCAGUACCACAGAUGGAUUUCCUCAGUAAGAACUUUGUGUAUAGAACUCUGCCUUUUGAUGUAUUUGUACGAAGGGCAGCUGAAGUCAAACACAAAGACUACUUUCUUUCUGAGGAUGAGAAGUACUAUUUGCGAUCAGUGGGUGAAGAUGUUAGGAAGGAUAUUGCAGAUAUCAGAAAACAGUUUCCUGUUUUGGCAGAAGAUGUUCAGAUUCCAGAGUAUUUUGAGAAGGAACAGUUUUUCUCUAGUGUCUUCCGCAUCAGCUCAGCAGGAUUGCAGCUAUGGACACAUUAUGAUGUAAUGGAUAACUUCUUAAUCCAAGUAACAGGUAGAAAACGAGUUGUUCUGUAUAGUCCUCGAGAUGUACCUUAUUUAUAUUUAUCAGGUACCAAAUCAGAGGUGCUAGAUGUUGAUAACCCAGACUUUGAGAAAUACCCACUUUUUGUGAAAGCCAAGCGCUAUCAAUGUUAUCUGGAAGCAGGAGAUGUGUUAUUUAUCCCAGCUAUGUGGUUCCACAAUGUAAUUUCUGAGGAAUUUGGAGUGGCACUGAAUGUCUUCUGGAAACACCUUCCUGCUGAAUGCUACGACAAGAGUGACACUUAUGGAAAUAAAGACCCCACAGCAGCCUCUAGGGCAAUACAGAUCUUGGACAGGGCCUUGAAAACACUUGAAGAACUACCUGAAGAAUACAGGGAUUUCUAUGCUCGAAGAAUGGUGUUACGGAUCCAAGAAAAAGCCUAUAGGAAUGAUUAUGGAUAAAAUAACACUUUGUAAGUCACAAUCUCCUGUGGGAGUACUAUAUGUUAAUAUAGGAACUAUCCAUGUCUACACAAAUUCUCUUUCUGUAAGGGUAAAAAGCAUUGUUGAUAAACUUUGUUAUACGUAACUGUUGACCUUGUAGGAUGUUUUGCUUUUUCCUCAUAUGAUGUGCCCAAUCCCACUUCUGCAGUGAAGCACGUAUCUGCAGUGGCUGCACUUCUAAAUCUAAUUUUGAAAUUAUUUAUGUACAUUUUCCUGAAAGGAAGUUUUGGUAUCUGGACAGAUCUAGCAGAAUGUACGCUUAGAAAUAACUGCACGUCUUCCUGAAUGCCUCCUUUAUACUGAAGUUAAGGAAAGCUGUAGAAAUUUAUAUGGGAUUCAAUAGAGCCAUUGGUUGUAACGAUUAUGGUUUCUUUCUGUCAUACAGCCUGCGUGGAGAGCUUCUGCUCCCUCUUGUGGUGAAACUCCAUAUAAUUUUGAGCACAAUUUAAGGCUGAGAUGGGAACAGUGCAGGAGCUUGACCACGAGGUAGAUGAUGUAUCCCUUUCCAAGCUGAAUAAGGCAUUAUGCAGGAAACUCUGUUGCAACCACAGUCCCUGCCUCAGUGCACUUAGGCAGCACUUCUGCUUCUGCAGCUAAAACACUUGCAACUAGCUUUCCCACAAAUCCAUCAAUCUACAGCAGGAAAAUCUGAAAUGAUUGUAAUGCUGGAGGAGAUAUAGGAGCUGUUGGGAGCAGUAUAUGAGAAGCAUUAUGUUACCAUAUGAAAGGAGGCUGCAAUCUUACAUUUGCAGGUGAUAUUUUUGGCAGCCAAACGUAUCUGUGCUUACAGAAGCCAUGUAGAAGAAGGUGGACAUGUCACAGAAAGGGUUUCUAUUGCCCCUUUAAAAUGUCUGUUAUUUGUGCAGUUUUGGGGAUGCAGUAUUUAUCUGACAUCCAGAUAAAUACUGGUCACUCUGUGACUUUCAGCAGUGUGUCUAUUUUCAGGAAAAUGGUAUCUUUUCAAAAUCUCUUAGACAAGAUAGGUAGGGCUAAUAAAGCACUGCAAAAUCAAAAAACAAAAAAAUAAAACCACCAAAA